UCGCGGAUCCCGGCGGACCCAGCAUGGCGGUGGAGGAAGAGGGGCUCCGGGUCUUCCAGAGCGUGAAGAUCAAGAUCGGUGAAGCCAAAAACCUUCCCACAUACCCGGGGCCAAACAAGAUGCGUGAUUGUUACUGCACCGUGAACCUAGACCAGGAGGAGGUUUUCAGGACCAAAAUCGUGGAGAAAUCACUCUGCCCCUUCUAUGGAGAGGACUUCUACUGCGAGAUUCCGCGGAGUUUCCGUCACCUGUCCUUUUAUAUUUUUGAUCGAGACGUUUUCCGGAGGGAUUCCAUCAUAGGAAAGGUGGCCAUCCAGAAAGAGGACCUGCAGAAGUACCACAACAGGGACACGUGGUUCCAGCUACAGCAUGUGGACGCCGACUCUGAAGUGCAGGGCAAGGUGCACCUGGAGCUGAGGCUGAGUGAGGUCAUCACUGAUUCGGGCGUCGUCUGCCACAAGCUGGCCACGCGCAUCCUCGAGUGCCAGGGCCUCCCCAUCGUGAACGGGCAGUGUGACCCCUACGCCACAGUGACCCUGGCAGGACCGUGCAGGUCAGAAGCGAAGAAGACGAAGGUGAAGAAGAAGACCAACAACCCGCAGUUUGACGAAGUGUUUUACUUUGAGGUGACCAGGCCCUGCAGCUACAGCCGCAAGUCCCACUUUGACUUUGAGGAUGAGGACGUGGACAAGCUGGAGAUCCGGUGA